CUUGGUAGUCGAAGAGUUUUACUGAUUUUUUAAAAAAGUGCUGGAUUGGGUGACUAGAAGAAAGCUGCCGUUAGGUCUCCAGUUUUUAAGACUGCAACAGCAUGUCUCAAUAUUUGAAAUCACUACGGUUAAAAGCAGUCAUAUUGUGCAGUUCCCCAGUGAACACUUUUUGUAGUUUAGAUUAUAAAGUCUGAAAUACAAUUUGGGUGGAUAAAGUUUCUCAGGACGGUAUAGAUGUGACUAAUCAUGAAGUCCUUCCUGUUGCCAUUCUUCAACGCAAUAAGCUACAGAAAUUGACAGAAGUAAGAAGAGACCAUUGGAAAAUGAUGGGCCUGUUAAAAAGAAAGUAAAGAAAGUCCAACAAAAGGAAGGAGGAAGUGAUCUGGGAAUGUCUGGCAACUCUGAGCCAAAGAAAUGUCUGAGGACCAGGAAUGUUUUAAAGUCUCUGGAAAAAUUGAAAGAAUUCUGCUGCGAUUCUGCCCUUCCUCCAAAUAGAGUCCAGACAGAAUCUCUGCAGGAGAGAUUUGCAGUUCUGCCAAAAUGUACUGAUUUUGAUGAUAUCAGUCUUCUACAUGCAAAGAAUGCAGUUUCUUCUGAAGAUUUGAAAUGUCAAAUUAAUCAAAAGGACACAACACUUUUUGAUCUCAGUCAGUUUGGAUCAUCAAAUACAAGUCAUGAAAAUUUACAGAAAACUGCUUCCAAACCAGCUAACAAACGGUCCAAAAGCAUCUAUACGCCGCUAGAAUUACAAUACAUAGAAAUGAAGCAGCAGCACAAAGAUGCAGUUUUGUGUGUGGAAUGUGGAUAUAAGUAUAGAUUCUUUGGGGAAGAUGCAGAGAUUGCAGCCCGAGAGCUCAAUAUUUAUUGCCAUUUAGAUCACAACUUUAUGACAGCAAGUAUACCUACUCACAGACUGUUUGUUCAUGUACGCCGCCUGGUGGCAAAAGGAUAUAAGGUGGGAGUUGUGAAGCAAACUGAAACCGCAGCUUUAAAGGCCAUUGGAGACAACAGAAGUUCACUCUUUUCCCGGAAAUUGACUGCCCUUUAUACAAAAUCUACACUUAUUGGAGAAGAUGUGAAUCCCCUAAUCAAGCUGGAUGAUGCUGUAAAUGUUGAUGAGAUAAUGACUGAUACUUCUACCAGCUAUCUUCUGUGCAUCUCUGAAAAUAAGGAAAAUGUUAGGGACAAAAAAAAGGGCAACAUUUUUAUUGGCAUUGUGGGAGUGCAGCCUGCCACAGGCGAGGUUGUGUUUGAUAGUUUCCAGGACUCUGCUGCUCGUUCAGAGCUAGAAACCCGGAUGUCAAGCCUGCAGCCAGUAGAGCUGCUGCUUCCUUCGGCCUUGUCCGAGCAAACAGAGGCGCUCAUCCACAGAACCACAUCUGUUAGUGUGCAGGAUGACAGAAUUCGAGUCGAAAGGAUGGAUAACAUUUAUUUUGAAUACAGCCAUGCUUUCCAGGCAGUUACAGAGUUUUAUGCAAAAGAUACAGUUGACAUCAAAGGUUCUCAAAUUAUUUCUGGCAUUGUUAACUUAGAGAAGCCUGUGAUUUGCUCUUUGGCUGCCAUCAUAAAAUACCUCAAAGAAUUCAACUUGGAAAAGAUGCUCUCCAAACCUGAGAAUUUUAAACAGCUAUCAAGUAAAAUGGAAUUUAUGACAAUUAAUGGAACAACAUUAAGGAAUCUGGAAAUCCUACAGAAUCAGACUGAUAUGAAAACCAAAGGAAGUUUGCUGUGGGUUUUAGACCACACUAAAACUUCAUUUGGGAGACGGAAGUUAAAGAAGUGGGUGACCCAGCCACUCCUUAAAUUAAGGGAAAUAAAUGCCCGGCUUGAUGCUGUAUCUGAAGUUCUCCAUUCAGAAUCUAGUGUGUUUGGUCAGAUAGAAAAUCAUCUACGUAAAUUGCCCGAUAUAGAGAGAGGACUCUGUAGCAUUUAUCACAAAAAAUGUUCUACCCAAGAGUUCUUCUUGAUUGUCAAAACUUUAUAUCACCUAAAGUCAGAAUUUCAAGCAAUAAUACCUGCUGUUAAUUCCCACAUUCAGUCAGACUUGCUCCGGACCGUUAUUUUAGAAAUUCCUGAACUCCUCAGUCCAGUGGAGCAUUACUUAAAGAUACUCAAUGAACAAGCUGCCAAAGUUGGGGAUAAAACUGAAUUAUUUAAAGACCUUUCUGACUUCCCUUUAAUAAAAAAGAGGAAGGAUGAAAUUCAAGGUGUUAUUGACGAGAUCCAAAUGCAUUUGCAAGAAAUACGAAAAAUACUAAAAAAUCCUUCUGCACAAUAUGUGACAGUAUCAGGACAGGAGUUUAUGAUAGAAAUAAAGAACUCUGCUGUAUCUUGUAUACCAACUGAUUGGGUAAAGGUUGGAAGCACAAAAGCUGUGAGCCGCUUUCACUCUCCUUUUAUUGUAGAAAAUUACAGACAUCUGAAUCAGCUCCGGGAGCAGCUAGUCCUUGACUGCAGUGCUGAAUGGCUUGAUUUUCUAGAGAAAUUCAGUGAACAUUAUCACUCCUUGUGUAAAGCAGUGCAUCACCUAGCAACUGUUGACUGCAUUUUCUCCCUGGCCAAGGUCGCUAAGCAAGGAGAUUACUGCAGACCAACUGUACAAGAAGAAAGAAAAAUUGUAAUAAAAAAUGGAAGGCACCCUGUGAUUGAUGUGUUGCUGGGAGAACAGGAUCAAUAUGUCCCAAAUAAUACAGAUUUAUCGGAGGACUCAGAGAGAGUAAUGAUAAUUACCGGACCGAACAUGGGUGGAAAGAGCUCCUACAUAAAACAAGUUGCAUUGAUUACCAUCAUGGCUCAGAUUGGCUCCUAUGUUCCUGCAGAAGAAGCGACAAUUGGGAUUGUGGAUGGCAUUUUCACAAGGAUGGGUGCUGCAGACAAUAUAUAUAAAGGACGGAGUACAUUUAUGGAAGAACUGACUGACACAGCAGAAAUAAUCAGAAAAGCAACAUCACAGUCCUUGGUUAUCUUGGAUGAACUAGGAAGAGGGACGAGCACCCAUGAUGGAAUUGCCAUUGCCUAUGCUACACUUGAGUAUUUCAUCAGAGAUGUGAAAUCCUUAACCCUGUUUGUCACCCAUUAUCCGCCAGUUUGUGAACUAGAAAAAAAUUACUCACACCAGGUGGGGAAUUACCACAUGGGAUUCUUGGUCAGUGAGGAUGCAAGCAAACUGGAUCCAGGCGCAGAAGAACAAGUCCCUGAUUUUGUCACCUUCCUUUACCAAAUAACUAGAGGAAUUGCAGCAAGGAGUUAUGGAUUAAAUGUGGCUAAACUAGCAGAUGUUCCUGGAGAAAUUUUGAAGAAAGCAGCUCACAAGUCAAAAGAGCUGGAAGGAUUAAUAAAUACGAAAAGGAAGAGACUCAAGUAUUUUGCAAAGUUAUGGACGAUGCAUAAUGCACAAGACCUGCAGAAGUGGACAGAGGAGUUCGAAAUGGAAGAAACACAGACUUCUCUUCUUCAUUAAAAUGAAGACUACAUUUGUGAACAAAAAAUGGAGAAUUAAAAAUACCACCUGUACAAAAUAACUCUCCAGUAACAGCCUAUCUUUGUGUGACAUGUGAGCAUAAAAUUAUGACCAUGGUAUAUUCCUAUUGGAAACAGAGAGGUUUUUCUGAAGACAGUCUUUUUCAGGUUUCUGUCUUCCUAACUUUUCUAAGUAUAAACACUCUUGAAUAGACUUCCACUUUGUAAUUAGAAAAUUUCAUGGACAGUAAGUCCAGUAAAGCCUUAAGUGGCAGAAUAUAAUUCCCAAGCUUUUGGAGGGUGAUAUAAAAAUUUACUUCAUAUUUUUAUUUGUUUCAGUUCAGAUAAUUGGCAACUGGGUGAAUCUGGCAGGAAUCUAUCCAUUUGAACUAAAAUAAUUGUAUUAUGCAACCAGUUUAUCCACCAAGAACAUAAGAAUUUUUUAUAAGAAGUAGAUAGAAUUGGCCAGGCAUGGUGGCUCACGCCUGUAAUCCUAGCACUUUAGGAGGCCAAGGCAGGCAGAUCACCUGAGGUCAGGAGUUCCAGACCAGCCUGGCCAACAUGGCAAAACCCCAUCUUUACUAAAAAUAUAAAGUACAUCUCUACUAAAAAUACAAAAAAAUUAGCUGGGCAUGGUGAUGCACACCUGUAGUCCCAGCUACUCCGGAGGCUGAGGCAGGAGAAUCUCUUGAACCUGGGAGGUGGAGGUUGCAAUGAGCCGAGAUCACGUCACUGCACUCCAGCUUGGGCAACAGAGCAAGACUCCGUCUCAAAAAAAAAAGAAAAAAGAAAUAGAAUUAUCAAGCUUUUAAAAACUAGAGCACAGAAGGAAUAAGGUCAUGAAAUUUAAACGGUUAAAUAUUGUCACAGGAUUAAGCAGUUUAAAGAUUGUUGGAUGAAAUUAUUUGUCAUUCAUUCGAGUAAUAAAUAUUUAAUGAAUACUUGCUAUAGAUGAUGGUAUGUCCCGUUGAAUUUUGGUGUUUUCAAGUGUUUGGAAAUUGUCAUUUUUUUUAGGUGUAAUUAUGAAAUUAAGGUUACUGCUUUGACCAGCACAAUACACAGAAGUGAACUUGUUCAUUUGGGACCUUUCUGUUCAUUAACAUAUCAGGUGUAUGAUCUUCCCAGUAAUGAGCCUUAUAGCUUAGUUAAUUCAUAACAGUGCUCCCUUCCUGCAAAUUUAGGGUAACACGUGCUCAACUGUGUCCCUGGGUUUUUUACAGCACUUACAAUCUGGCUUCCCAGAUCCAUGUGUUCUUUUUGUUUCUAAAUAUAUGAUCUUGCACAAAAGCUCUCUAUCCUAUUUUCCUCUCUUUUAUUAUUUCUGCUCAGUUAAAUGUCUUCCCCACAUUUGAUGGACAUAUUUUUAAUUCCUUCUUCUGGAUUAUUACCUUCAGUGAUCCCAGCAAUGACCCCAGCCAGACAUAGGAGUCAAUACAGUGUCCCCAAGUUGUGGCUUCACUUUUGAGUCAGUCACUCUUUAGCUAUCUGACUCUCAACCUUAUUGGAGUUAGAGUAUGAUGUAGUUUGAUUGAUUCUACCACCCCUCCAGAAAUAUGAAGGUAUAGUCAAAUUCUCAAAACUGUCAAAAUAGAGUUAGUUGGAAUGUACACUUUAAAUUUUAAAAAGAACAAAAUCGUUUCAAUACUCUAUAUAACUGUAAAUGUCUUAUAUUCUUUCUAACAAGAUUUCAAAGAUAGUGCUGUAACCUCACCUCACAGGGAGAAAAGGAGAUGACUCCAGGAAUUUCAUGCCCGUGCCAGAGGGAGCUGCAGGGACCAGCAAUCACUGGUAAUGUCCAGGUGGACACCUGGAGCCACCUCUCCCUCUUGCUUGGUCCAGGCCAGCAUCAACACUGAAGCAGGUAGGGGUUCCAGGAGCAUUGUGUCCUGGCAGUGGCAGCACACAGUGUCUGGCAGCUGACAUCGUGGAACUUUACAGGGUAGAUUCUCCAGCAUGAUCAGGAAGCCAGCCAGGCGGCCAGCUUGCGGGAGGGCAGGCCUCCUCCAAGCUGGGGAAGAGAUCAGCACAGUUGAACUGCAUUUCCAAGUGAGGCUCAUCCCCAGCUGGGUUACUGAGAUAUUGGAGGAAACAUUGAGGCCAAAUCCCAGUCAUAAAGACUGCACAAAUGCCAUGGAGAGGUAGGCAGAAAGUUGCAAACAAGUGGGUUUGUAUUUCAGAUAACCAUCUUGGGGGCUGCAAUUCUAAAGUUAGAUAUAACCACACAGGUGAGAAUAGGGCUGCUGGUGCAUGGGAAGGGCCCUCCACAUUCCCUCUGGUACUGCACAGGCAUGAGCCUGCAGGCUAAAUGUCUUCCAUACUUCAGAUGGAGGCUGGGGGAGACAGGGCUGACUGGUGGCCAAAUGUCAAGGAAAGUAACUUUUUAAUAUGAUAUAUUCCUGUAAGUGACUAGUCUGUUUUUAGCCAUCAAAUUACAAAUUAAGAGCUAGUGAUUCUGCAGUAACACACACCAAUUCCUCAAAAACCUUCUAAAGUCACACCACUUUAAUAAUUCCAACCUUAGGGAAAAAAAGCCAAACACAUUUUAACAAGUUUCAACUUUGACCUUUCUAUUGCUUCAUCUCUCCUCAGUGCUGUCUAUUCUAUAUAGUUUUUAAAAUAGUGUUAUUAUAUAACUAGUAUAACAAUAUUUGAAAAUCCAUGGGACUAUAAUUUAUAAUUUAAAAAGAGAAAAAAGGAAAAAUGAAUUUUUAAAAUUAAAUUUUGUAAGGUAAAAAUAAAUUUAAAGGCUGGGCGUGGUUGCUCACACCUGUAAUCCUAGCACUUUGGGAGGCCGAGGUGGGCAGAUUGCCUGAGCUCAGGAGUUCAAGACCAGCCUGGGCAACAUGGUGAAACCCCAUCUCUACUAAAAUAGAAAAAAUUAGCCAGGUGUGGUGGCAUGCGCCUGUAGUCCCAGCUACUCGGGAGGCUGAGGCAGAAGAAUUGCUUGAACCCUGGAGGCGGAGGUUGCAGUGAGCCAAGAUCACACCACUGCACUCCACCCUUGGCAAGAGAGCAAGACUCCGUCUCCAAAAAACAUUUAAAGGAAAAAAAAUGUAAAAACCUAAGCAUUUGAGUUACUUAGUUUAUCUCAAUGUUUCUCAGUGCUGAAUAUGAAAAUCAAAUGAUUCCAAUUUGAAUCAUAGUCUUUUGGACUGAGAUCCAAGCUUAGUAUUCUUUUAUGGGCUUUAUUGACAUAGUUUACAUACUGCACAAUUUAUUUAGAGUGAAUAAUUCAGUGGGUUUUUGUGUAUUCACAAGCUUGUACAGCUGUCACUACAAUCAAUUUUAGAACAUUCUUACCACCCUAAAAAGAAACGCUGUACCUAUUAACUGCCAGUCUGCAUUCCUCCCCAAGAUCCUCAGCCCUAGACAACCCCUAAUCUUCAUUCUGUCUCUAUAGAUUUGCCUAUUUUGGACAUUCCAUAUGAAUGGAACCAUAGAAUAUGUGGUCUUUUGUGUCUGGGUUUCUUUCACUUAGAUGCAAGAUUCAUCUGUGUAUCAGAACUUCAUUCUCUUUAGCUGGUAAAAAGUAUUCCAUUUUAUGUAUACCUUACAUUUUAAUUUAUCCAUUCAUUAGUUGAUACACAUUUGGAUUGUUGCUAUUUCUAGCUAUUAUGAGUAAUUCUACCAUGAAUAUUUGUGUAUAGGUUUUUAUGUGAUGAGGCAUAAUAUUUUUUAAAAAGCUCCCCUAGUAAUUCUGAUGUGCAGUCGGGUUUGUAAACUAUUAGUCUCAAAGAUGACAAAUGACUAAACAGUAUUUUUAAUUGAGUGGACAAUCAUUUGGUCUGUUUGUCCUCUGCUUUAUCUGUCACUUAGGGCAGAGCAUAGCAUACUAUAGACCCUAAUUAAUAUUUGUUAAAGUGGUAAAGAAAAACCAAACUCCUUCAGCUUAGAAACCCAAUGAAAAGAUGUUUCUUUUCAUAAUGAAGGCACCAUUUCACUAGGGAUUCAAGAUCCAUACAGAAGUGUGCUGUAUCUUUAGAAAAAAAUAAAAACUUUUUCAGACAAUUUUUCCAGGUUUGCGUCUGUCAUCAUCAUGGUGAUGGUGUUGGGGCUGGUGAAACACUGCCCACUGAAUCAAUUCCAGAGUAAAAACUAGAUUGAAUCCAAAAUGUUCUAUAAAUUAGUGUUGACCUUUACUGUGUUCUGAGAUCAAUAUUAAUUACUGCUGUGCUUUGUUAUUAUAAAAGGGCUAUUUGAUGUUUCACACCAAGGAUAUGGGUGGAGAGAGAAAAGAACUUGUAUUAAUACCAUCUGUGGUUUCUAACUUUGUAAUUAAGGCCAAUUCCUCUGUGGAACAUUUUAGUUAUUAUAUAUCAUGAUUAUUCGGUUUAUUAAUAUCCAGGGAAGUACCACAGUUUGAGAGCCAUUCAUUCUGGUUUACUUGGGGAGUCCUAUUCUAUACCUGUUUUGCUGGCAUAAUUAUUAAAAGCCUCUUUAACUCAAAA